CUUUUUUAAUUUAUUUUUUUUAAAGAUUGUAUUUGGCCGGGCGUGGUGGCGCACGCCUUUAAUCCCAGCACUCGGGAGGCAGAGGCAGGCGGAUUUCUGAGUUCGAGGCCAGCCUGGUCUACAAAGUGAGCUCCAGGACAGCCAGGGCUAUACAGAGAAACCCUGUCUCGAAAAACCAAAAAAAAAAAAAAAAAAAAAAAAAUAAAGAUUGUAUUUGCUGGGCAUGGUGGCGCACACCUUUAAUCCCAGCACUUGGGAGGCAGAGGCAAGUGAAUUUCUGAGUUCAAGCCAGCCUGGACUACAGAGUGAGAUCCAGGACAGCCAGGGCUAUCCAGAGAAACCCUGUCUCGAACCCCCCCCCCAAAAAAAAAAAAACCAAAACAAAAAACCAAAACAACAACCACAAAGAUUGUAUUUAUUUUAUGUGUAUGAGUACUCUGUAGCUCUCUCAGACACACCAGAAGAGGGCAUCUGAUCCCAUUACAGAUGGUUGUGAGUCACCAUGUGGUUGCUGGGAAUUGAACCUGUGGAAGAGCAGUCAGUGCUCUUAACCAUUGAGUCAUCUCUCUGGCUCCUUUAUUAUUUUUAUUAGAAAAAAAAAGUUUCACUAUGCAGGUCUGCCUGGCCUUCAACUUACAGAAGUCCACCUGCUUCUGCCUCCCCAGGGCUAAGUGGCACCAUGCCCAGUUAAAAAUAUCUAGAGAGAUAGGCAAGAUGGUACUGUAUGUAGUAUUGUAGAGUGGAUUUGACCUUGGGCUAUUUCUUCCCACACUACCAGUAGUGAGAAAUGCUUCUUUACUGUAUAAUUUAGGUAAAUCAGUCCUCUCUGAACUAUCUUUAAGUGCACGUGUAAAGUGAGAUCGCAAUCCUCUGUGCUGAGCAAAUGUGACCCAGUGUGUAAAACAGCAAACUUUCAAGAACAGGUACCCAAGCCAGGCACGACAACUCCUGCCUUAUACUCUCCAGAUUCGGGGUGAGGGUCGGGGGCUUGCCACUGGUUCUAAACUAACCAGGUUUACAUAGUGAGCCUCUGACAAGUCAGAAACAACACUCGGUAGAUGAAAGCGACAGAUUGGGCGGUGGUGGAUCUGGGCCGCAUGCGGGCAAACAGUAAGCUGUCUGGCAGAUCAGGGGAUGGGAAGGCGACGCGAGAAAGAACGAAGAAGGAAAAAGGAGGGGAAAGAAGAGAGGAGGCAACAGGGCCCGCUCUCCAGGCGGGGCGCCAGCGAGAGGCCCAGACCCCCGGGAGCGCACGUGGCCUACGCGGGCACAGCAAUCUCGGUGGGGCGUCAAGAUCCAGCAGCGGCGGAGCCCGGCUGAGGGUGGUUGGAACUCGGCUGCAGGGCCUUGAAGGCCGGGCUAGGCAUGGUCUGUUGGUUAGGAGUUUCCGGGCCGCGGACACCUCUGAGUCCCGGCUACCCCUCCCGGGGCGGUUAGGGACAGAAGCUCAGGCCUCCAGCCUCUCCCCUAGGGGCGGGGCCAGACGGGCGAACCAAUGAAUGUCCGCCCCUGGGGCCCCGCCCCGCCCCCGCCUCCGGAGCCGCGGCCUUCGCAGAGCACCCAACCGCCCCUCGCCCAGGCCCGGGGCCGCACGAGCACCGAACCUCGGGCUGCGCCCCGCCUCAGGACACCAAGAUGCCUGGCGAACAGCAGGCAGAGGAGGAGGAGGAGGAAGAGAUGCAGGAGGAGAUGGUGCUGCUGGUGAAGGGUGAGGAGGAGGAGGGUGAGGAGAAGUAUGAGGUGGUGAAACUCAAGAUCCCUGUGGACAACAAGGAGGUUGCCAGCCAGAUGCCAGCGCCAUCGGCCGACCCGGCGCGCCCCCACGCGUGCCCGGACUGCGGCCGCGCCUUUGCGCGCCGCUCCACACUAGCCAAACAUGCGCGCACGCACACGGGCGAGCGUCCCUUUGCGUGCACGGAAUGCGGCCGGUGCUUCUCGCAGAAGUCGGCGCUGACCAAGCACGGCCGCACGCAUACGGGCGAGCGACCCUACCAAUGCCCGGAAUGCGACAAGCGCUUCUCCGCCGCCUCGAACCUGCGGCAGCACCGGCGGCGUCACACCGGAGAGAAGCCGUACGCAUGCGCACACUGUGGGCGGCGCUUUGCGCAGAGCUCCAAUUACGCGCAGCAUCUGCGCGUGCACACGGGCGAGAAGCCUUACGCGUGCCCGGACUGCGGACGAGCCUUCGGCGGAAGUUCGUGCCUGGCGCGCCACCGACGCACGCACACGGGCGAGCGCCCGUACGCAUGCGCCGACUGCGGCACGCGCUUCGCUCAGAGCUCGGCGCUGGCCAAGCACCGGCGCGUGCACACGGGCGAGAAGCCGCACCGCUGCGCCGUGUGCGGCCGGCGCUUCGGCCACCGUUCCAACCUGGCGGAGCAUGCGCGCACGCAUACGGGCGAGCGGCCCUACCCGUGCACGGAGUGCGGCCGGCGCUUCCGCCUCAGCUCACACUUCAUCCGCCACCGUCGCGCGCACAUGCGGCGCCGCCUCUACAUCUGCGCGGGCUGCGGCCGAGACUUCAAGCUACCCGCCAGUGCCACAGCCGCCACGCCCACCGAGCGCUGCCCGGAGUGCGAGGGCAGCUGAGCCACGGCGGGGCAGCGAGGGGCACUUGGGACUGGCACCUGAAUUGUUCCUUCCAUGCCUGCACCUGGGUCGGGGUGCUCUGGGACUGGGAGAUAGGGAAUGCCAUACCGGGGUCCCUAGAACCAUGCCUCGUCCCCGACUACAUUCCCUUGGCCCUUCUGAGUGAAUAAAGUAUUCUAUCCUCACCUCA